CUUUUGUGAUUGUUUACAAUAUAUUGGGUGCCGUAAAAUUGAACAGCAAAUAGCGAGUCCUUCGGCUACCUUGAUUUUCAUCAGCAAUUUUGGAAUCCUACAAACCAGACAAUAUCAACAGACAACAGAUUCGAGUGCCAUGACUGAUAUUUGCCGGUUAUGUGCAUCGUUAAAAAUAUUGGAUCAACUUACGUCCAUGCAAGAGCCAAACCUGCGAAUCGCGGAAAAACUGGCUAGAUGUUGUUCCGUCGAACUGUCUCCGGAUGAAUUAAUGCCACAAAGUAUUUGCCAUGAGUGCAUUGUGUCGAUUGACAGUAGCUGGAAUUUUGCGGAAAGGGUGUGCCAGGCUCAGGACAUCUUGAAGAAAGCUUUCAUCAUUCGAACGGCACCGAUUGAUGAACCAGACGAGCCGGGAAAUGCAUUUAACGGCACAAUCAGUCGGCAUAAAGUUGCGUCACCAGUAUCAGUCAACGAGCUGUCUUUCAAAGUGAGGAGCAUGAUCAUAUCGUUGCAUACUAAAGGUUACACGACCAGUGAAAUCGGGCAAAAAUUGAAUAUCAAUGGGAAUCUGGCCGACCAGUGGAUUCGAAUGUAUGAAGAUCAGCGCAAGCCAAUCAAUGAUUUGGUCAUGAAUGAAAAUGAAUCGGAAAUUGAAUUAUCGAACGAGAAGACUGAUAUUCUGGUCGGAACGGGCAACGAGGAUAUUGAAGUCCAUUCAGAAAAUGACACCGAAGCCUCCACCAUAAUAGAAAUUGUUGACUAUAAACUGGACAGCACUGAGAGAUCGGUUGUCGACAGCGUCGUAGAAACGAUUCCCUCUGUCGCUGAUGCUGCAGAAACGCACUCCCAUUCCGAAAAUAUUUACGGUGAUCAGCAUGACAAUUCCGACGAUUCAAACUCGAAUUUCGAAGACGUUGAGAUCCUCAGCGCAAUCGAAUUGAACGACGACGAUAAAAAUGACGAUGGAUCCAUAUCGCAACGAGCUGUGGAAAAAUUGAAAAUCGAGUCGUGGAACGACUAUCCGUGGAAGUGUAUGGACUGUGACCUAUUGAUGGCGGACAUACGGGAUCUACGUCAACAUCACAUCACCAAUCACCAAUCGACCAGUAAAUAUUGUUGCGUCGAUUGUCCCAAAGUGUUCAACAAAUAUGCGACGUUCCUGACUCACGUGCGGAACAGACAUCGUUCUCAUUUGAAAUUUUGCUGUGAUAUUUGUUCGGUCUUCUUCUGGAAUUCAAGAUCGAUGCACCAACAUCGUUACGAGCACGAUAAGGAUCGGUCGUAUAUCUGUCAAACGUGCGGCAAAGGUUUCCGUUGCAACAGUACGCUGCAGGUGCAUUGUCGGUCGCAUUUACCGGUAGACUUGAAGAAUCGAUACAAUUGCGACAUUUGCUUCAAGAAAUUCGGCACGAAACCGAAUCUUCAGGCACACAAGCGCAUCCAUAGCGGAGUGAGAGACUUUACAUGCGAACAGUGUGGACGUGGAUUCGUGCAGAAAGGCAAUCUGGAAAAUCAUAUGCUCACCCACUUUCCGAGCAAGCCGUUCAGCUGCCAUUGUGGAAAGACAUUCAAAACCCAACUGCGUCUGUUGAAGCACAAAACGGUUCACACCGAUUUUAAGCCCCAUAAAUGCCAGGAUUGCGGAAAAGAGUUUCGCGAAAAGGGAACGCUAAAGGAACACGAACGAAUUCAUCUGGGACUGAUGCCAUUUACGUGCGAGUUUUGUGGCAAAAAAUUCCGUUUCAAGGGUGUGCUAACGACUCAUCGUCGUCAGCAUACCGGCGAGAGGCCCUACUCUUGCAUCGAGUGCAAUCAUCAUUUUACCAACUGGCCAAAUUACAACAAACAUAUGAAGCGCAGGCAUGGAAUAAAUACAAGCGUUACAGUUAGAAAGCCUCAAUUAAUUCCUCCCUCCGGGAUUCCUCCGACAAAACUUAAUCAUGUGGUGCCAACCGUUCACAAUACGGCUUAUGUUCAAGCGACAUCCAUUCCAACAACAGACAGCCGAAAUGGUCACAUUGCAAAUACGGAUAUGAUGGAAACAAUAUGCGAAAAGGAUGUCAUUUGCGUUAAUCAGAAUGGCUACGCGACCGCAACGGCACCAGAGACUGUCGCGGCCGCAACGGUCCAGGGAGUGAAUGUUAUCGUCAAUCGAAGUGAACGGAAGGCCACAUCGCAUCAAUCGCCACCUCAAAUCACAAUUUUAACUCAACCGGCUAGAGACAAUAUCAAUCAGCAGUACAGUUAUUUACCGAAUGGGUCGACAAUGUUGGGAUUUUAUAACAUUCAUGGUGUGGACUUAAUGCAGAAUUCGAAUGUUCAACAAUAAAAUGUUGACAAUUUUGAAAGAAA